AUUGUGUGCUUUGCAAGAAAGUUUGCAUUACAAAUUUCAACGUCAUCUCUCCCGCUUCUGUGCUAUUUGAUUGGCGAAACAUUUUUUCACUUGUCAACGGAUGAUGUGAACGAGCAACUGAGUGCCAAUAAAGAAACACUUAAGUUGCGAAUGAUCGAGUUGGAGGAAUUGAUUUCGAACAGCAAGGCACAAAUGCAUACAUUAAAGAAAGAGCUGUAUGCGAAAUUCGGGAAUCACAUAAACCUUGAGGAAGAUUGA